AUGUUAUCGGUUGCUUCUUCGUCUUUAUCCUCUCUACCUUCCAUGCGAGACUCAUUUUCAAGAAAUAUCUCCGACAGUGAGCAAUCUAAUGAAUCGCAGAAAUUGCCUGAACUAAAAAGUCGAGAGGGUAAAUCGGAGCAUUCGACCCCUUCACAUAUUGACGAUUCGAACAGUCCUCCGGUUUCGGAGGCCUCCCAAAAUUCUACUUCUAUCCCAUCUACAAGUGAAGAUCAGCCGAAAGAUGACGUAGACGUCUCUCCGUCUACCUCAUGGCAAGAAAACCUGACUGGUACUGGGCCUCCGACAACUAAUGUGGACACUACUACAAUAACGACGACUUCGGUCAGCCCAAAAUCUUCGAGUUCUCUAAAUAUUGAACACUUUGACUUAGAUGAACAAGUUAGCACUCCAAUUGCCUUAGAUAUUCCUUCAGCACCUUUCUCAAAUUCAUUUAGUGAUAUUACACAGCCUUCAAACUCCAGUAAUGAGACAAAUGUUGCGCGUCGUCCUUUUAAAUUACCAACUCCAAAAACUUCUACAAAAACAAAAAAAAAGAGGAACAGCUUAAAUGGUACCGCUGAUAGUAUGGAUGAUUCAUUCGCAGACUUGCCAACGAAUGGCAGUUAUGCUCCUGCUAGUUCAAAGAGAAAUGCCGAAUUUCACGCUUUGUUCCGAAGCGUUCCCGAAGGAGAUUAUCUUAUAAAUGAUUAUGGGUGUGCAUUGCAAAGAGAAAUUCUUGUACAAGGACGUAUAUACGUUUCGGCUCAUCAUGUGUGUUUUAAUGCAAACAUUUUCGGUUGGGUUACCAAUUUAGUGAUUGCAUUUUCGGAUAUAGUUUCUAUUGAAAAAAGGGUGACUGCAUUUGUCAUUCCGAAUGCCAUUCAAAUCUCAACUCUUCAUGCUAGACAUUUCUUUACUUCUUUCUUAUCAAGGGAUACCGCUUUCGAAUUGUUAAACAUAAUUUGGAAACAAACUCAUCCAGCGUUAAGUCAAAAUUUGCCAUUUAACGACUCAGAGUACACACCUAACAAAAGCUCCGAAGCUUCAGACGCGUCAUCAGAAUCAGAAUCUUCAGAAAUGACAGAUGAAGUUUCAGAAACCAGUGAGCCAACUCUUCAUCCUAUUUCUCCGCACGCCCAGUCUCGCCAUCUUGCAAGGUCUAAUACAAAUCUUAAAAGGCGGAGGGUUUCUACGCAAUGUUCAUGUUUGAGAAACGGCCAGCAUUAUGACAAUGUUUCUUUAGAUGCAACAUUCACGGGGACAGUGGAGAAAUUAUACAACUUGUUAAUGACGAGCGGGUUCGUAAAACGCUAUAUUAUUGAAGAGGAAAAGUAUGUUGACUUCGGAGAAUGGAAAACACAAGACGAUAAAUUGAGACGGUCAUCAAGCUACAUAAAACCAUUAAAUUUCUCAAUAGGUCCAAAAAGCACAAAGUGUUAUAUAGAGGAAGAAUGUUUACAUAAAGAUUUCGACAAUUACGUUACAACUUUGUCAACGACAACUACACCCGACGUACCAUCUGGUGGGAGUUUUUGCGUAAAAUCAAGAAUAUGUAUAAUGCGUGCAGGACUUAACGAAACUAGAAUAAUCACUACUUGUGCCGUCGAGUGGUCAAAAUCAAGCUGGCUUAAAGGAACAAUUGAGAAAGCAAGUAUUGAAGGACAGCAACAGUACUGGCAGAAUCUCACACGAGAAAUUAAGAAAUAUAUUGCGGUACAUCCUUCAGAAUUUCAGGACGAAUCAGGGUCACCAGUUCGAGAACGUAUGGAAGCCGACGAAGUCGAGAAAGAUUGGGUUAAGAGGACGCAAACUCGAUCUAAAGAGCGUACUCGGUCUUUCCAAAUGCCAACUGAGACUACCGUUAUAGAACAAGCAGAACCGACACCAACCCAACGUCAAAUUGCUGGAGUAUGGGGCACUAUUAUAGAGGUUCAGAGUAUCUUAUCUUCUAUACUGUCACCGAUAUUUCAAAACAUUUCUAUUCCGUCAACCAAUGCUAUGAUAAUGUGGGCGAUAUUAAUAACGAUGAUAGCAAAUUUUUACAAUUGGUUUCUUUUACAAGGCAUUGUGCACAGACUUGAUAGUAUUGGAGGGAACAAUGUUCCUGUUUUUGGGCGUGGUCGUAAAAAUGACUUUUUCCAUGAAGCUCGACGACAAGAAUUUGCAUCAUUACUUGACGAUCGAAUCGAGGAUGAAGAUGUGCUAUGGCAAUGGUUAAGCGAAAAAUCAAAAAUAUAUGAAAAAGACCACCAAAAUAACUAG